AUGCAUAAGAAGGUGGAGAUGUUGCAUUUCGGACCGCUUGGAACCAAUCUUUUCGUUCCGAUAUCUGUUAUGGAAAAUGAUGGAGAGGGCGGAGAUGUUGCAUUGCUCGGACCGCUUGGUACCAAUCUUUUCGUUCCGAUAUUUGCUCUGGAAAAUGAUGGAGAAGGUGGAGAUGUUGCAUUGUUCGGACCGCUUGGUACCAAUCUUUUCGUUCCAAUAUUUGCUCUGAAAAACGAUGGAGAAGGUAGAGAUGUUUCAUCGCUUACGACACUUGGAUCUACUCUCCUUGCUUCACCAUUUGGUACAUAAAAUGCUGGAAGUUGGAGAGAUUCCAUGUUGUUCGUACUGCUAAAAACUUUUUUAGCCACAUCGUAAUCAGAAGCAAAUGAAAUUAUAUCGCGAGUGGCUAAAGAUAAUGUUAGAAAAAUGAACUGAAGCACCACAACUCCAAAAAAUCCCUUCAUAUUUCGUUUUGGCUUCUCUUUGUUUUGUGGUGAAUUUUAUGAGUGAAAAUGCGAUGUAUUACAGGCUGAAUGAAGAUAUCUACGUUAUAGCAGGCUUUUUAAAUAAACAUAUGUAUUUAGUA